UAAAAUAUUUUUAAAUUUGUAAUGGCUGAACCUUCAAAAAGUCCUGUUAAACUUACUUUGCAAAAUGAAAAAAAUAAACUUAGUGCAAAUAAUAAAAAUAGAAAAAGUAUUGUUACAACAACGGAGUAUCGAGAAAGACAGAAUAAAUUAAAAGCAAGAAAAGAAGUGUUAAAGGCAAGAUUUACUGAUGAGCAUAAGUUUAUAUUAUCUAUGGUUGCAUUUGAACUUGAGCUUUCAGAAGAAAUUGUUUUUGAUUUUGCUGUUGAGUCUGAAGAGGGUGUGAAACUUUUUGAUAACUUUAUUGAAGCUAACGGAAGAAGAACACUUAUUUUUUUCUAUCAGGAUUCAAAUGAGGACAGCAGGAUUGAAGUUAGUUCUAGAAGCAUCCAGUCAAGUGAACCUAAAGAGCUUUUUAUAACAGAUGGAUUUGGAAAACCAUUAACUGGUCUUCUUCUAUAUUUUGUUAAAUCUAGUACAAAAGCUUUGAAAUUAAUAAACAUGCAUGAGGAAGUUUGUUUUGGAUCAAUGGACUGUUCAAAUGGGUGUGGUAUUCUUAAGGCUAUAUCUCAAUGUAUGUCUAGAGUUUAUACUCCAGCUUUGAAUGCCCUUGAAAAAUGGGGAGAUUUAGACAAUACUUCACAAGGUUUAAAAGCUCGAGAUCAGUUUUUGAAAUCAAUGACUCAUUUCAAUCAUUUUGUUGAAGUAACCAGUUUAGCAUUGUGCAACUCAAUUGAAUUAAAGAAGUGUGAAUCUAUUAAUAUAUGUGAUUAUACAUGUGUGGCAGAUUACUAUAAGAUUGUAAAUAAUCCAGAAGAAAUAACUUAUUUAGAAGAUCUGGUAAAAGCAUGGUGUAAACAAAUUGAACAGAUUUUAGCAGAAAGUGAACAGAUGCGAAAGGAGGCGGACGACACUGGCCCUAUAGCAGAGUUAGAGCAUUGGAGGCAACGAAGAGCCAAGUUUAACACACUACUUGAUCAAAUAAGACAUCCACAAUGUAAAACAGUUAUUAUUAUAUUGGUUCUUGCUAAGAGUAAAGUUAUUAAGAUAUGGAAAGAACUUAAUAACAGAAUUACUGAUUCAGCUAACGAAGCUAAAGAUAAUGUUAAAUAUCUUGAUACAAUUGAGAGAUCCUGCGAACCUUUGUAUGAAAGUGAUCCUUCAAAGAUGAUUACUUCAAUUGCAAAAUUAAUUAGUGCGAUUCAGAUUAUUCAUUCUACAUCACAGUAUUAUAAUACACCUCAGAGAAUGACAUCAUUGUUUAUUAAGGUCACAAACCAAAUGGUAACAGCUUGUAAAGAUUAUAUCACUGAAAGGAAUAAGGAAAAGAUUUGGGAUCAGCCACGACAAUCUUUAAUUGAAAAGUUAAACAUUUGUAAUCAAUUAAACAAAGAAUACCAACUCUGCUUUCAGAGGACUAAGAAAAAAAUUGAAGGAAAUCCUCACGAAAAGCCAUUUGAGUUUUCAGAAAUGUAUAUCUUUGGAAAGUUUGAUACAUUUUGUAGAAGAACACAAAAGAUUAUUGAGUUGAUAAGAUAUAUAGAAACAUACAGCAUUUUGCAUGAAUCAAAAAUUGAGGGCAUUGAUGCUAUUGCAGUUCGUUUUGAAACAAUUUAUAAGAAUAUAAAAAAAAAACCUUACGACAUUCUUGAUCACAGGAAAGUGGAUUUUGAUCAUGAUUUUGAUGACUUUAAAAGAUAUAUUGGAGAAAUAGAUAGUCAGCUUCAAAUUUUUAUCGAUGAUUGCUUUGAAAAAACGACGUCAACAGUUCAAGCGCUUCAACUUCUUGCAAGAUUUGAGAAGCUUAUGAUACCAAGUUUAAAUGAUACAAUCGAUUACAAGUAUGAUCAGCUGUUUAUGCAGUUUGGAGCUGAAAUAAUCAAAGUGGGCAAACUUUAUGAAAAAUAUAAAGAAGAUCCUCCUAUUUCCAGAGUUAUGCCUCCUAUUGCAGGCAAGAUUUCUUGGGCGCGUCAGUUAACAUACAGUAUUCGUGAACCAAUGAGUUACUUUGAAACACGUCAAUCUACCUUAUCUAAAAAAGAUGCAUUAAAAGUUGUUCACAUGUUUAAUAAAGUGGCACAAGUUUUAUUGCAGUUUGAGAUGGUGUAUCUUGAUGCAUGGUGUAAAGAUGUUAAUACUAUAAAAUUAGGACUUCAAGUUUCAUUGCUUGUUCGUUAUGAAGAUACUUUUUUGGUGAAUUUUGAUCCACUAAUUUCUCAGUUAAUUAGGGAAACAGACUGUUUGAUUAAGAUGGGUGUUAAUGUUCCUGAAAGUGCCUUGUCGAUUUUUAAAAGAAAAGAACAGUUGAAAGAAGAUUAUUAUUUGAUAAAAAGUAUGAUUGAUGAAUAUUGUGAAAUAAAGAAAGUUGUUUUACCCAUAUUCCUGCCUAUGAUGAGACCUUAUUUAAACAAGAUAGAGGCACGAAUAUCACCAGGGUUAACUAUGUUAAGCUGGAAUUCAUUACGAAUUCAUGACUUUGUCAAUGAUGUACAUACACAUUUGAAAGAAUUUAAAGUUCUCAACAAACAAGUAAUGGACAUACAUGAUGCACGGAUAGAUUUACUUUUAGAAGAAAUAAUAAAUACAGAGUUGUGUGAAGUUCCAAUAGAUAAACCUUGGACUAUAGAAGAAUUUGAAACAAGAACAACUGAGCUAUGCAAUCUUGCUUCAAUUAAAAUAGAAAGGAAUAGCAGUAGAAUAGAGGAAGCAGUGUUUUCAAUCAUAGAAAUUUUGAAUGGAUGUUAUCAAAAGCUAAGUGAUGACUCUGAGAUAUCAAAUGCAGCUUCAGAUCAAAAUGAUACCUCUCCAAAAAAGAUUACCUGGAAGAAAAAAUGUCUCUUAAAUGAGGAAAAUGAAGAAGAAAGAUCAGAACUUAUAAAUAUAUUCAAUAACAAACUAAUUGAUGCUCUUUUAAGAUGCAUACGAAACUCUUUAGAUGUACUUAAAAGAAGAUUUCAAGGCAAAUCUUACAACUCCAAUGAAAAAAAUUCCAGCUACUCUGCAUUGCCAUUUUUCAAAGCAGACAUUGUUCUUUCAAUUCCAAAUGUGAUUUUUCAACCUUCAAUUGAUGAUAUCCAACAAGUUUUAAAUAAGUGUUAUCAUUCUAUAUUGGAGGUUUGCAAAAAUGUGCAUCAAUGGAGUCAGGUUAAGGAUUCUGAAUCUGCAAUUCCAAAAUCAAAAAAUUUUUAUAAGUACAUAACUGAUCAUAAAGAUGUGAACAAACUUUUGGUUAUGUUAAGCUCAGCAAUUAGUUCUACAAAAGCAGACACAAAUCAAUGCAUUGAUUACUUCAAUAAAUUUGAUUUUUUAUGGAAAGCAGAUCGCGAAGGUACAAUAAAGAACUUUAUGCUUACCGAUCCUAUUUUAUCUGAAUUUAAAGCAGAAAUUAUCAGGUAUCAAGAUAUUGAACAAAGCAUAAAUGAAAUACCUAACAUAUUUUACUUUGGUCAUUGUACAAUUCAACUAAAUUCAGAACCUAUCAAGGUUGCUCUUAAAGUAGAAGCUCAAUCAUGGAAGUUGGCAGUAGGGCAAGCAUUAAAUUCAAAAUAUUCAAGCAUUCUAGAAGAAAUAGUUUCUUUCAUUGCUGAUUAUUCUAGGCGUCUUACACACCCUAUCCAGGACUUGGAUGAUAUUCGAUUUGUUAUGGCAGCUCUUUCAGAUAUCAGAGAAAAUGAAAUACGUCUUGAUAUGUCAAUAAGUCCUAUUGAGGAAACUUACAGCCUGUUAAAUCGAUUUGCAGUUCAGUACAAUAGAGAAGAAUCAGAAAAAGUGGAUUCCUUGAGAUAUUCUGUUAAGAAAUUGUUGAGUCAAGCUUCUGGAGUUCAAACUGAACUGGUUAAGAUUCAACCAAAGUUUCGGGAUACCUUGUUAGAAUCAGUUGAAGUAUUUAAAGUUGAACAGAAAGCAUUUACUGAUGAUUAUCUCAUGGUUGGUCCAAUGGUACAUGGAAUAACUCCUCAGGAAGCUAGUGAUAGAUUAGCUCUUUUUCAAAUACGCUUUGAUGAUUUAUGGAGGAAAUAUCAAACUUAUUCAGGUGGUGAAGAAUUGUUUGGGAUUCCAUUAUCUGAGUAUCCUCAAAUUAUACAAAUUAAAAAAGAACUUGGGCUUUUGCAAAAGCUUUAUGGGUUGUACAAUGCUGUCAUUGAGACUGUUAAUAGUUAUUAUGAUAUUCUAUGGCAUGAUGUUGAUAUUGAAAAAAUAAACACUAGUCUUUUGGAUUUUCAGAGCAGGUGUCGUCGCUUGCCAAAAGCUUUAAAUGAGUGGGAUGCAUAUAUUGAGUUGAAUAAAAAAAUUAAUGAUUUUAAUGAGUGUUGUCCACUUCUGGAAAUGAUGGCAGAUAAAGCUAUAAAGCAGCGCCAUUGGGAUCGUAUGGAAGGAGUUACUGGUCAUCAUUUUGAUGUAGACAGUGAAAAUUUUUCAUUGAGAAAUAUUAUGGAGGCUCCUUUACUAAAACAUAAAGAAGAUAUUGAGGACAUUUGUAUUUCUGCUGUGAAAGAGAAAGAUAUAGAAGCUAAGCUUUCAGUCAUUGUGUCAAACUGGACAGUACAAGAGUUUACAUUUGGGUCAUUUAAAGCUCGAGGAGAACUACUUUUAAAAGGUGCUAACACCACAGAUAUAAUUGCACUACUUGAAGAUAGUCUUAUGAUUCUUGGAUCGCUUAUGAGUAACAGGUACAAUGCACCAUUUAAGAAAGAAAUUCAAACGUGGGUGUAUAAUUUGUCUAACACAUCAGAUAUAAUAGAAAGUUGGAUGGUUGUUCAAAACUUGUGGAUUUAUUUAGAAGCUGUGUUUGUAGGUGGAGACAUUGCUAAGCAGCUUCCCAAGGAAGCAAAAAGAUUUCAAGGUAUUGAUAAGUCUUGGGUUAAAAUUAUGGCCCGUGCACAUGAAACACCUAAUGUUGUUCAAUGCUGUGUUGGAGAUGAGACAAUGGGGCAAUUACUUCCUCAUUUACACGAACAACUGGAAUUGUGUCAAAAGUCUUUAACCGGAUAUCUAGAGAAAAAGCGUCUUCUUUUUCCUCGUUUUUUUUUUAUAUCUGAUCCUUCACUACUUGAAAUUUUAGGUCAAGCUAGUGAUAGCCACACUAUUCAAACGCACUUGCUUGGCAUUUUUGAUAACACAAAAAAUGUUGGAUUCCACCCUCAAGAUUAUGAUAGAAUUAUUUCUAUUAUCUCAAGUGAAGGAGAAACUGUACAGCUUGACAAGCAUGUUGUUGCCAAGGGUAAUGUUGAAGUUUGGUUAUUAGAAUUACUUAAUGAAGCACAGCAUUCUCUUCACAAUGUUAUUCGUGAUGCAUCUAUUGCUCUCAAAGAUCCUGGAAUUGAUAUAAUGAAUUUUUUUAAUACCUUUGUUUCACAGGUUGGUUUACUUGGCAUUCAAAUGAUUUGGACACGAGAUGCAGAGGAAGCAUUAGAAAAUUCAAAACAAAACAAGCUUAUAAUGAAGCAAACCAAUCAAGCAUUUUUAGUUCUCUUAAAUUCCCUUAUUGAUGUCACCAUACGAGAUCUUACUAAAGUGGAAAGAACAAAAUUUGAAACUCUUGUAACAAUUCAUGUCCAUCAAAGAGAUAUAUUUGAUGAUCUUGUAAAAAUGCAUGCUCAUAGCACACAGGAUUUUGAUUGGUUGAAACAGUCUCGAUUUUAUUUUCAUGAAGAUACCGACAAGUGUAUUGUGUCAAUUACUAAUGUUAAUUUUGAAUACCAGAAUGAGUUUCUUGGAUGUACUGAUAGAUUGGUAAUUACACCUUUAACAGAUCGUUGCUACAUAACAAUUGCUCAAGCUCUUGGUAUGUCUAUGGGUGCGGCUCCUGCAGGUCCAGCUGGAACAGGAAAAACAGAAACUGUGAAAGACAUGGGUAAAGCUCUUGGAAAGUAUGUUGUUGUUUUUAAUUGUUCGGAUCAAAUGGACUUUAGAGGCUUAGGAAGAAUCUACAAAGGACUAGCUCAGGCUGGUGCAUGGGGAUGUUUCGAUGAGUUUAAUCGCAUUGAAUUGCCAGUAUUAUCUGUUGCAGCUCAACAAAUCUAUAUUAUACUGACAGCAAAAAAAGAAAGAAAGAAGGAAUUUGUUUUUUCUGAUGGCGAUGUUGUUGAAUUAAAUACAGAAUUUGGAAUCUUUUUAACAAUGAAUCCAGGUUAUGCUGGUCGACAAGAGCUUCCAGAAAAUUUAAAGGUUCAGUUCCGUACUGUUGCAAUGAUGGUCCCUGAUAGACAAAUUAUUAUGAGAGUAAAACUUGCUGCUUGUGGUUUUCUAGAAAAUGUUAUCCUUGCUCAAAAGUUUUACACGCUAUACAAACUAUGCGAAGAGCAACUUACUAAACAAGUGCAUUAUGAUUUCGGUUUACGAAAUAUUCUUUCUGUUUUGCGAACACUUGGUUCAAACAAAAGACUAAAUCCUACAGACAGUGAAAGUACAACUGUUAUGAGAGUUUUACGAGAUAUGAAUCUCUCUAAAUUGGUUGAUGAAGAUGCUCAAUUGUUUUUGAGUUUAAUUGAUGACUUAUUUCCUGGAAUUAAACUUGAAAAAGCUGGGUAUCCCCAACUAGAAUCAUUUAUACAAAAAAAUGUUGAAGAUAAUGGUUUUAUUUUUCAUCCCCCUUGGGUGCUCAAAGUCAUCCAAUUGUUUGAAACUCAGAGAGUUCGCCAUGGUCUUAUGUGUUUGGGACCUAGUGGUGCAGGGAAAUCAGUAUGUAUAACUAUGCUAAUGAAAGCUUUAGGAGAUCAAGGUGAGCCACACAGAGAAAUGAGAAUGAAUCCAAAAGCUAUAACUGCACCACAAAUGUUUGGCCGUUUAGAUGCUUCAACUAAUGAUUGGACUGAUGGAAUUUUUUCAACACUGUGGAGAAAGACGUUGAAAACAAAACCUGGAGAGAAGGUCUGGCUAAUACUUGAUGGACCAGUUGAUGCUAUCUGGAUUGAAAAUUUAAAUUCUGUUUUGGAUGAUAAUAAAACUCUAACAUUAGCAAAUGGUGAUCGCAUAGUUAUGUCACCUCAAUGCAAAAUAUUAUUUGAAGUUCAUAAUAUUGAUAAUGCAUCGCCAGCUACUGUUUCAAGAGUAGGAAUGGUGUUUAUGAGUUCUUCUAUACUCAACUGGAAACCAGUGCUUCAGGGUUGGUUGCGAUCCACACGUGCUCCUACAGAAGCUGAAGCUAUUCAGUCAAUAUUUGAUAACAUUUUUGAUGGGAUAUUAGUUCUAAUUUAUCAAAGUCUAAAUCCUAAAAUGGACUUGCUUCAAAUUAAUAUUGUUAAACAAGCUAUUGACCUGAUGGAAGGAUUAAUUCCCAAUCGGCAGGUGCAUGGCCUUCUUCCAACAAAUCACCUAAAUAAACUAAUUGUGUUUUCUAUUAUGUGGAGUGCAGGGGCACUGUUGGAGUUGGAUGAUCGUGUUAAAAUGGAGCAUUAUUUAAGAUCUUGCAAUUGUCUUGAUUUACCACAAAUUACUGAAGGAUCACAAGAAACAAUCUUUGAGUAUGUUAUUGAUAAAAAUGGUGAUUGGGAACAUUGGAGAAAUCGAGUUGAAGAGUAUAUAUAUCCAAGUGACUCAAAACCUUCAUAUUCAUCUAUUCUGGUUCCAAAUGUUGACAAUGUUUGUAUUGACUUCCUUACAAAUACUAUUGCAAAACAGGGAAAAGCAGUAUUGUUGAUUGGUGAACAAGGUACUGCAAAAACUGUUACAGUGAAAGGGUACACAAACAAGUAUGAUAUUGAACAGCAUAUGAGUAAAUCCUUUAGUUUUUCGUCUGCAACUACUCCAGACAAUUUUCAGAGAACGAUAGAGAGUUAUGUAGAUAAACGUGUUGGUUCAACUUAUGGCCCUCCUGCUGGUCGAAAGAUGACAGUUUUUAUUGAUGAUAUAAAUAUGCCUGCUAUUAAUGCUUGGGGUGAUCAGAUUACAAAUGAAAUUACACGUCAAGCCAUGGAAGCUCAUGGGUUUUAUAAUCUUGAUAAACCCGGAGAAUUUACAUCACUUGUUGAUAUUCAGUUUAUUGGAGCUAUGAUUCAUCCAGGUGGUGGGCGUAAUGACAUUCCACAACGUUUAAAACGACAAUUUUCUAUAUUCAACUGCACUCUUCCAUCUAAUGCCUCUAUUGACAAAAUAUUUGGAGUAAUUGGCUGUGGUUGGUUUUGUUCCAAGAGGUUUGGACCAGAUAUAGCCGAUUUAACAUCCAGACUUGUUUCAUCAACAAGAAUACUUUGGCAAAGAACAAAGAUCAAAAUGUUACCAACACCAGCAAAGUUUCACUAUGUUUUUAAUUUGCGUGACUUAUCUAGAAUUUGGGAAGGAAUGUUGAAUUCAUCAACUGAUAGUGUAACAACUGUUAAAAGUUUAAUUAAUCUAUGGAAGCAUGAAUGCACUCGUGUAAUUGCAGAUAGGUUUGCAAACUCUGAAGACAAAUCUUGGUUUGAAAAGGCUCUUUGUAGUAUUGUUGAAGAAAAUUUUCCUGAAUUUUAUGACCUAAUGGAUAGUGAACCUUACUUUGUUGAUUUUUUACGUGAUGCUCCAGAAGCCACAGGAGAAGAGAGUGAUGAUGCCAGUCUUGAAGCACCUAAAAUCUAUGAGCAGGUAUCAAGCCUUGACAUUCUCUCUGUAAAACUUACCCAGUCAAUGGCACAUUACAAUGAAGUAGUUAGAGGAGGUGCUCUUGAUUUAGUCUUUUUUAAAGAUGCUAUGACUCAUUUAGUUAAAAUUUCCAGAAUAAUACGUACACCAAGAGGAAAUGCAAUACUGGUUGGUGUUGGUGGGUCUGGUAAGCAAAGCUUGACUCGUUUGGCUUCAUAUAUUGCUGGUUACCAGAUAUUUCAGAUAACCUUGACAAGAUCAUAUAACCAAACAAACUUGGUGGAUGAUUUGAAAAUUUUGUAUAGAGUAGCAGGAGCUCAAGGAAAAGGGAUAACAUUUUUGUUUACAGAUAAUGAAAUAAAAAGUGAAGGAUUUCUUGAGUACAUAAAUAAUGUUCUUUCAUCUGGUGAAGUAUCAAAUUUGUUUGCAAAAGAUGAGCUUGAUGAAAUCACAAAUAACCUAGUUUCUGUCAUGAAGAAAGAGUAUCCUCGAGUACCUCCUACUCAGGAUAAUCUCUACCAAUACUUUAUUUCUCGAGCAAAAAAUAAUCUUCAUGUGGUUCUUUGUUUUUCUCCUGUUGGUGACAAGUUUCGAUCUCGUGCCCUGAAAUUUCCUGGUUUAAUUAGUGGGUGCACAAUGGAUUGGUUUAGUAGAUGGCCGAAAGAUGCUCUGAUAGCAGUAGCAGACUACUUCUUGUCUAAAUUUGACAUUGAGUGUACUGUAGAAACAAAAAGAUCUGUUGUUGAAACCAUGGGUGUUAUACACGAUGGUGUAGCUCAAUCGUGUAAUGACUAUUUUGAAAGAUUUCGUAGACAAACAUAUGUUACACCUAAAUCCUACUUAUCAUUUAUUGAUGGUUACAAAAACAUUUACAUAGACAAAAAAAGUGUGAUUGGAGAACUUGCAGGUAGAAUGAAAACUGGGCUUGAUAAACUUAUAGAAGCUACUGAUUCUGUAGCUAAACUUGCAAAAGAAUUAGUUGUCAAAGAAAAAGGUUUGAUUAUUGCUUCUGGAAAAGCUGAUAAGGUUUUAAAAGAAGUAACUGUAAAAGCACAAAUAGCUGAAAAAAUCAAAGCAGAUGUGCAGAAAGUAAAAGACAAAGCCCAGUCUCUUGUGGAAGAUAUUAAUGUCGAUAAAGGAUAUGCAAUGAAAAAGUUAGAAGCUGCAGCGCCUGCUUUAGCAGAAGCAGAAAAUGCUCUUUUGACAAUAAAACCAGCACACAUAUCAACUGUGCGCAAACUUGCAAAGCCACCUCAUCUUAUUAUGAGAAUUAUGGAUGCAGUGUCAUUACUUUUUCGUAGACCUCUUAUUCCUGUUAUCCCUGAUCCUAAUUUUCCUUGCCCUACACCUUCAUGGACAGAAUCGCUUAAACUGAUGAGCUCAGCAACAUUUUUACAAGGCCUUGUGCAGUUUGAUAAAGACACAAUUACAGAAGAAAUAGUGGAAUUGCUUGAACCAUAUUUGAACAUGGCAGAUUACACUUUUGAUGGAGCCAAAAAAAGUUGUAGUGAUGUGGCUGGUUUGUUGUCAUGGACCAAAGCAAUGUCAUUUUUUUAUGGAGUCAAUAAGGAAGUUCUCCCAUUAAAGGCUAACUUGAUUGUUCAAGAGGCUAAAUUAAAAGUUGCACAAGGAGAUUUGGAUGAAGCCCAAGGUGUUUUAAAUCAAAAACAAGCUGAACUUGAUGAAGUGCAAGCAAUGUAUGAUGCUGCAAUGAAUGAAAAACAGGAAUUGCUUGAUGAUGCUAUUGGGUGCAAAAAGAAAAUGGAAGCAGCAUCUGCAUUAAUUGAUGGGUUAGGGGGAGAGCGAGUUCGAUGGAUACAUCAAAGCAAAGAGUUUCAGGAAGCUAUAGGAAGAUUGGUUGGUGAUGUACUUUUAGCAACUGGAUUCUUAUCAUAUUCAGGUCCUUUCAAUCAAGUAUUUAGAACACGAUUAAAUGAUAAAUGGCAAUCCGAAAUGAAAAAAAGAAAAAUACCAUACACAGAAAAUAUCAAUCUUUCCGCUAUGCUUGUUGACAAUGCUACAAUUAGCGAAUGGAAUAUUCAAGGUUUGCCAAAUGAUGAUCUUUCAAUACAAAAUGGUAUCAUUGUCACAAAAGCAACUAGGUAUCCUUUGUUAAUUGACCCACAAACUCAAGGUAAAUCUUGGAUAAAAAAUAAAGAAAGGUGUCAUGAACUUCAGGUCUCAUCUCUUAACCACAAGUACUUUCGUAUACAUUUGGAAGACUGUUUAUCUCUUGGCAAGCCAUUGCUGUUAGAAGAUAUUGGUGAAGAAUUAGAUCCUGCAUUAGACAACGUUUUAGAAAAAAAUUUUAUCAAAUCUGGAAGCACUUACAAAGUCAAGGUUGGUGAUAAAGAGUGUGAUGUAAUGAAUGGAUUUGUUUUGUAUAUGACAACAAAACUUGGAAAUCCAUUAUUUACUCCAGAGGUGUAUGCACGAACAGCAAUCAUAGAUUUUACUGUUACAAUAAAAGGAUUGGAAGACCAGCUACUUGGUCGUGUUAUUAACACCGAAAAACAGGAGUUAGAAGGAGAAAGGCUAAAAUUAAUGGUUGACGUUGCAGCAAACAAAAGGAAGAUGAAGGACUUAGAAGACAAUUUAUUAUUUCGUUUGACAAGUACAAAGGGUUCACUUGUGGAAGAUGAGUCAUUGGUUGCUGUUUUAAGAACAACCAAGGAGACAGCACAAGAUGUCAGCGAGAAACUUAUUAAUGCUGGAGAAACAGAAAUAAAAAUAAAUAAAGCUCGAGAAGAGUUUCGCACUGUUGCUACUAGAGGAAGUAUAUUAUACUUUUUAGUGGUUGAAAUGAGCAUGGUUAACAAGAUGUAUCAAAUUGCUUUACAGCAGUUUUUAAAUAUAUUUGACAUGUCAAUGGCAAAAUCUGAGAAAUCUCCAAUUCCUGCAAAACGUAUUUCAAAUAUUACUGAAUUUCUUACAUUUGAAGUUUACAAAUUUGCUGUUCGUGGAUUAUAUGAAAAAGACAAGUUUAUGUUUACUUUGUUGUUGUCGUUAAAAAUUGACAUUGGAAAAGGAAGUGUUAAAACAGAAGAAUUUUCUUGCUUUAUUAAAGGGGGUGCUGCCUUAGAUUUAAAAUCAGUUCAGCCUAAACCUUACAAGUGGAUUUCUGAUAUGACCUGGCUUAAUUUAGUUCAACUUAGUAAGCUUCCAACAUUUUCAGGGAUCUUAGAUCAGGUUUCACGAAAUGAAUCAGCUUGGAAAAGUUGGUUGGAUAAAGACAAUCCUGAAGAACACCCUAUACCAGAUGGUUACCAAACUUCACUUGACACAUUUAAAAAACUUUUACUAAUACGAUCUUGGUGCCCAGACCGCACUUUAUCACAAGCUCGCAACUAUAUUUCAGAAUCAAUGGGAGAAAAAUAUGCUGAAGGAGUCAUAUUUAAUAUUGAAACUUUAUGGGAAGAAAGUGAUAUCAAAACACCUUUGAUCUGUUUGCUAUCAAUGGGCUCUGAUCCAACAAGUGCAAUCGAAGGUCUUGCAAAACGCUUUAAUAUUGAGUGCAGAGCAAUAUCCAUGGGACAAGGUCAAGAUGUACAUGCAAGAAAGUUGCUCCAACAGUCUUCAGUCAGCGGUGGUUGGGUGUUGUUGCAGAAUUGUCAUCUUGGUUUGGAUUUUACAGAUGAGUUGUUAGAAUAUAUGCUCUCCAUAGAAACAGCACAUUCUACAUUUAGAUUAUGGAUAACAACAGAGGAGCAUGCAAAGUUUCCUAUUGGUCUUCUUCAGUGUUCGAUUAAAUUUACAAACCAACCUCCGCAAGGUAUUAAAGCAGGAUUGAAAAGAACAUAUGCAAAUGUUUCUCAAGAUCAACUUGAUAUAUGUUCAUUACCGCAAUGGAAACCAAUGUUGUUUGCUGUUGCAUUUUUGCAUACUGUUGUGCAGGAGCGGCGCAAAUUCGGUCCAUUAGGAUGGAAUAUACCUUACGAGUUCAAUCAGUCAGAUCUUACUGCAACCGUUCAGUUUGUUCAGAAUCAUUUGGACGAUUCGGAUAGCAAGUCUAUUUCAUGGGAGACAGUUCGAUAUAUGAUUGGAGAAGUUCAAUACGGAGGUCGUGUUACUGAUGACUAUGAUAAACGAUUACUGAUUACAUAUGCAAAGGUUUGGUUUACUGACGAGUUGUUCAAAGAAGACUUUAGUUUCUUUAAAGGUUAUAAUAUUCCUCGCGUGAAUUCUAUAUUCGAUUACAGAGAAAAAAUCAACCUUUUUCCUAAUAUUGAUUCACCAGAAGUUUAUGGUCUUCAUGCUAAUGCCGAUAUAACUUACCAGACAAACACCACACGUGAAACUCUUGAGACAAUUCUAAACAUUCAGCCAAAAGAUAGUGGAACUGGCACUGGGGAAACAAGAGAACAAGUUGUCACAAAACAAGCAAUAGAAAUGCUUUCUAAACUUCCUUCCAACUACGUAUCUUUUGAGGUUCGAGCUCGUCUUCAAAAAAUGGGAGCCUUAACACCUUUAAAUAUUUUUUUGGGACAAGAAAUUGAUCGUAUGCAAAGAGUUAUAACUUUAGUUCGAAAUACACUCACUGAUUUACAACUUGCUAUUGAAGGAACAAUAAUAAUGAGCGAGAAUCUUCGAAAUGCUUUAGAUAACAUGUUUGAUGCACGUGUCCCAACUCUUUGGCAAAAGAUAUCUUGGCAAUCAUCUACUCUUGGAUUUUGGUUUACUGAACUUAUUGAGAGAAAUCAGCAGUUUUCGACUUGGAUAUUUAACGGGCGUCCAAAGGUUUUUUGGAUGACCGGUUUCUUUAAUCCUCCAGGCUUUCUUACUGCUAUGAGACAAGAAGUUACGCGUAUGCAUAAAGGAUGGGCUUUAGAUUCUGUAAUACUACACAACGAUGUAUUAAAACAAAUGAAAGAGGAGAUUACAGCCUCACCACAGGAAGGAGUUUAUGUUUAUGGUUUAUACUUAGAAGGUUCAUCUUGGGAUAGAAAAAAUUGCAAACUCGUUGAUUCUUCUCCAAAAACUCUCUUCACUGCUUUACCCGUUGUACAUAUCUAUGCAAUCAAUAAUACAAGUUUAAAAGAUCCACGUUUAUAUAUGUGCCCUGUAUAUAAAAAACCGAAACGCACUGAUCUUACUUAUAUUACUGCGUUGAGUUUACGAACAACGCAAAAUCCUGAUUAUUGGAUUAUGAGAGGCGUUGCUUUACUGUGCGACAUCAAGUAAACUGAAGUUCUAUUUAUCAUGUUUCGAAAUAAAAUUUCUUCCAAAAUGAA